AUGGCUCCCGUACAGCAAAAACUGCAUGGCCGAGCAUUCUACGAGAGCAUCGGCUCGCCCAAGUAUGUUGUGGCACCCAUGGUCGAUCAAUCCGAGUUUGCAUGGCGUCUCUUGACGCGCUCGUUCCUCCCGCCGGACCUACGCAGCUCUGUGCUUGCCUAUUCGCCGAUGCUGCAUGCGAAACUGUUCACCGACUCGCCCAAAUAUCGCGCAACGCACUUUGAACCGCUGCAACCGCCCCUCGUUCUUGCGGCACCCGGUGAUGGCGCGCAGCAGGCAACAAUGGGCGCUGAGGAUGCAUAUCUCGAUGGCAAUCCUGCCAUCGAUCGACCCUUGUUCGUGCAAUUUUGUGCCAACGAGCCGGAGGUGCUCCUCCAAGCGGCCAAAAUUGUUCAGCCUUACUGUGAUGCCGUGGAUUUGAAUCUGGGCUGUCCACAGGGCAUUGCGAAGAGGGGCCACUACGGAGCAUUUCUGCAGGAAGAUUGGGACACCAUUUUCAAGUUGAUCAACACACUGCACAAUGGGCUGGACAUUCCAGUGACUGCAAAGAUGAGAGUUUUGGAGACAAAGGAGAAGACUUUAGAGUACGCAAAGAUGAUUCUAAGUGCGGGAGCAAGCAUCAUCACAGUACACGGACGACAGCGGGAGCAGAAGGGGCACAACACUGGCUUGGCUGAUUGGAGCAUACUUCGGUACCUGCGUGAGCAGCUACCCCCUGCGACGGUCAUGUUUGCCAACGGUAACAUUCUUCAGUACGAUGAUCUCCAGAAAUGUCUGGACGCUACAGGUGCAGACGCGGUGAUGAGUGCCGAAGGCAAUCUCUAUGAUCCGUCCAUAUUUGCGGCCGGACCACCCAUCGGCGAGGAAGGGCGGGAGUACUGGCGAGGUCGGGAUGGUAAGGGCGGUUAUCGUGCAGAUGCCGUCCUGAGGCGAUACCUGGACAUAAUAUACACCCACGUUCUGCGGAAAGCCCCGCCAAGCAGAGAGCCGCUAUUCGUAUUGUCCGACCCUCGACCAGAGGAGUCUCAAGCACAGACGGGAGAGAAGCGUAGCUUAGAGAGCACAGAAGGUCCGCCGCCCACCAAAAAGCAAAAAAUCGAGGAGGGUAAAAAGAAUAGAAAAGGCGCAAAGCAGGAGAAAUGCACCAACCCUAACCUUACGGCGAUGCAGCCGCAUUGCUUUCACAUUCUCCGAUCUCUAGUCGGGAGCCACCACGAGGUUCGAGACACACUGGCUCGAUGCCGCCCAGGAGAUCUCGAUGCAUACGAGAACGUGCUGAAAUUGACCGAAGAGGCGGUCCGAGAAGGACUUCUGGCGUAUGAGAAGGAUCCGGCCCAAUUUGAGUAUCCGGAUGUUCAAGAUGGAGAGGAUGCCUCAGACCCGGAGCUCUCCAGUACCGAGGCGGUUCGUCGGUGUAAACGACCUUUCUGGAUUUGCCAGGCUCAUGUGCGGCCACUGCCAAAAGAAGCAUACGAAAAGGGCUCACUGAGACUCAGUAAGAAAGAGUUGGCAAAGCUCAAGGCCGAGCAAGAGGAGAAAGAAAAGGCCGGAAUGCCUGCUGAGGGCAAAGUAGAUGUCAUUCAGCCCGAGGCCGCCCUCAAUGAGGAUCCGAAGCCGGUUGAAGUGCCAAGGGAUGGUGUAGUCUGUGGGUGA